AUGAAGAAGAAGAAAGAGGAAGAGGCCAUGGUGAGGUCCGGGGACAAGUUUCGCCGGAGCUACGCCGAUGGAUCAACAGGCGGGCCCUUCGGGGACAAAGACAAAUGCGGCAGUGGUGGCGGGCAAAGGUAUGGGCAAAGGUCCGGGGACAAGCUUCGCCGGAGCUACGCCGAUGGAUCAACAGGCGGGCCCUUCGGGGACAAGGACAUAUGCGGCAGUGGUGGCGGGCAAAGUCGCCGCUUUCCGACGGUUUUCGAGCCGUCGGAGGCGCCCAUCGAGGCCGCUCGCAGGGAGUGGGACGGCCUCUCGGUGGUGGUCCGCAGCCUCGGCCGUCGGGUGCCGGCCGAGUGGGUGGCCAAGGAUGUGGCCACCCGAGGAAGAUUGGCAGGGAAGGUGGAGGCCGUGCCGCUAGCCGACGACCACCUAGCCCUGAGAUUUGGGUCGACAGCCGACCGAGACCGAGCGCUCAACGGCGGCCCAUGGGUGGUGGCGGGGCAACUCCUCGCCAUGGAGCCGUGGAUGCCGGAGUUUGUGCCGGGGGAGGUAGCCGUGAAAAUGGCCGCUGUAUGGCUCCGGCUACCCCGGCUCCCGCCGGAAUAUUGGUCGGCCGCGACCAUACUGGAAAUAGCUACCCAAGCGGGGCGGCCGCUCGCCGUUGACGGGGUGACCGAACAACGGCGAGCCAUGGGCUUCGCUAGGGUGAAGCUGGCGAUUGAUGCCACCGAGCCCCUCCUCCCGGGGGUCCUGAUUCGGGGAAAGACGAGGGUGCGGUGGCAGCCCUUCGUCUUCGAGAAUAUUGGCGACUAUUGUACCGGUUGUGGCAGGGUUGGCCACUCGGUGAAGGCGUGCUGUCAUUCGGCGCCGGAGCAGUCGGAGGAGGUGGGGGUGGAUUUGGGGGCUUCUCAAAUAGGGCCGGAGAUGGGAACCGGGGAGGUCGACCAAGGGCUGAUCUUUGGGCCAUGGUUAGUGGCAAACCGACCCCGGCUCCCACGAGGGCCGCCGCCGCCGCCGUCGCCGCUGCCGCGACCGGGGAAGACGGCCGAGCCGAAGGCCAAGGUGCCCUCGCCUCGGCCGCUGUCUCCGGAAGACCGGGCUAGCUCACCGGUCAUACCCCCUCUGGACCGCGACGGUUGGCAGAAACCAACCAAGAUCGCCCGUCGCCACUCGCCGCUGAAAACGCCGAUGGAGGGGGAGGGCGACGGAGCACCGGAAUCCCACCGCAGCGAGGGUAUGGGCCCGGCGAGCAGCCAUGAUGUGAUGGAGCCGGAGACUGUAGGACGAGAGAGGCUCGGGUCACCAGGAGCACUGAGUGUGCCUGGCCUGAUGGACACCAUCGAGGAUCCAGCACGGGGAGCAUCUACAGUAUUCUGGUUUGGUUCCCCACCUCAGGUGGGGGAGAGACCCCGGCCAGAGACCUCUCUGGCAGGCACUGGAGUCAUAGUAUACCCCCCGCAGGAGUCUAGCCCGGGCGAGUGUGACCUAGGCGGUGGGGCCCAUGGGGCAGGGGGUCGGGCUUUAGUUAGCCACCUUGAGGCUGAGCAGCUGGCUCAGGCUGCCCGGGAAGGGGUGCCCCGGGGGGAUAGUAGGGAGACCAGUGAUGACCGGGUUGCGGUCGCAGGGACCACCAGUACACUGGCGGUGGAUCAUCCGACGGUGGUACAGAGGGUCCGAGCGGCUGUUAUGCGGGCUGUCUCCGGAGUGAGUGAGGAUGACGAGGGGCAGCGUCGUCUGGAGGCUGACUGGGAGUCCUAUGCGAUAGACUCCCAAGGGCUUUCAGGGGGUAUUUUGGUAUUAUGGAAGCGGGGGGUGGCGUCUGUGGAUGUCUUCCACAACUGCCCCCAACAGGUUAUCAUGAUCAUUACCGAGCCUGAUGCGGCUCCAUGGGUUUUGUGUGGGGUGUAUGCGAGCACUGAUUAUAGGAAUAGGAGAGUUCUCUGGGACGAGAUUACUAAUCUGGUUGUCCAGGGGUUUCCGACCAUGGUGAUAGGUGACUUCAACUGUAUCUUAAGUGCGAGUGAGAAGAGAGGAGGACGACCCUUUACCGAUACAGUAGACCGAAGAGAGUUCUGGAAUUUUGUAUCUCAGAAUGGCUUAGUGGAUCUAGGUUUCUCGGGACCGCGAUUCACGUGGUGUAACAACCAGUCUGGUAUGACUAGGGUUUGGGAGCGGAUAGAUAGGGCUAUUGCGAGCCCUGAUUGGAUCAUCCGAUUUCCCACCUACCAGGUCAGACACUUAUCCCGUAUUGCCUCUGACCAUUGUCCACUGUUGUUAUCAACAGUUUCGGACACUGGCCAUCAUAGCCCUUUCCGUUUUGAGAAGGUGUGGUUGUCCUACCCUCAAUCCUGGGAUAUCGUUCGGGAGGCAUGGUCCUUGCCGGUACACGGCAAUGCCAUGCAGAGGGUAUCACGAAAAUUGGAACUAACUAAGAGGCGGCUCCGUCGUUGGAACCGCGAGGUUGUGGGAGAUAUUUUUAGAAAGAUGGAAGUGGUAGAGGCUGCCAUUAGCAAUCUUCAAAGCAGGGAAGAUCAGGAAGGUGAGCUCCCGGAGGCGGAUAUGAUAAGCCUACGGGGGCUACUUGCCGAUCAUCACUCGUUGCUACGGCAGCAUGAGGUUUUCUGGAGACAGAAGUUUAGGGUCCAGUGGAUUAGAGAGGGAGAUCGGAAUACCAGCUUCUUCCACCGGACGACGGUCAUCAGGAGGCAGAGGAGCAUGAUUCGCUCCCUGCAAGAUGGGACUGGUCGUCAGGUGGAGGGGGAGGCAGAGGUUAGUCAGGUACUGCUAGAUUUCUUUCGGUCCAGAUGGACGGAGGAUAGAGAUCUCGGGGAUGUCGGCCAGCUCCCGAGGGCUGAUACGCAAAUCGGAAUGUCGAAGAAUGCACUCCUGGUUCGACAUGUGACAGGGGAGGAAGUGCAGGAGGCGGUCUGGGCCCUUGCAGGGGACAAGGCCCCAGGGCCGGACGGCUUUCCACCUUUCUUCUUUAGGAGAUAUUAG